GAUGACGAUGGUGAUGAUGAUGAUGGGAACACAAACACCGUGAAGGAUGCUGCUGCUGCGCUUCUGAGACGAUCCCAGCUGGGUUUGAAGCCCGCAUCCCGCCGCAGCUUCAGCCACCCUGGAUGCGUUUCUCGAUGGGUUGCGGUGGGAGCCGGGCGGACGCGAUCAUCGAGCCGAGGUACCACGAAAGCUGGACUAGAGAGACCGAAUCGACAUGGCUUACGAAUACGGACGUAGAGCCCCCUGUGUCGGUUUCAAACAGUAAAGCUGUGGAGGCCAGUCUGAGGGAGAAGAGGAUGGUGACCACAGGCACCCAGUGUGGGAAGCAGGGCCUCUCCACCAAUGGCUCCAACCACCAGAGGAGACCCUCAGCACUCAGGCGCACCCUGAGUGAAAGUUCCCGUGACUCCAAAAGGAGGACAUCGAAGGAGGCCAGCUCGUUGUCAAAGGACAGCCAGUCGGCCAGCAUCAGCAGCGGCGGAGAUCCCGAACCAGAAAACAUGUGUGACGAGAGAUGAAAAGAAAAGGAGGGCUGAAACACAACGAGGAUGCAGAUGAAUUGAAAGCAGUUUAACAAUUAGCAGAUGAUGUUUGCUAUAGCGACUUUGCGGGAGCCCGGCUCUUGGCGGUUUGUAACACGAGCGCCUGCUUGCGUCUCCAUCCAAAGACCUCUGGAUGCUGCAUUGAUGUUGCAUGUGUGAGGAAGAGAGUGGCUCACAAAGUGUUCACACUCGCCGCCAUGCUUUUCUCCCAUGCUACAAGCACCAGUCAGGGAAUGUGUCACUGUGUUCACACAACUUUAUGAAGUACGUUUGAAAGGAAGAGACUGGCCCUUAUAUGCACACGAUAAUCACAAUCUGCACAUCGAAUGUGCUCUGUGUCGGGG